UUAUUUAGAGCCCAGAGUUUUCUCUUUCAACUAAAACUCUCCAAAACUAAGAAGGAGCCAGCACCAGCUGGUUCCUUAAAGACUUCUACUGCAGCAGUUUAUUUCACCUCAUCUGUUCGUGAAUAAGAAGAAAGAAAUGAAACAUUUGACUUUUUCUACAGUCUUAGUAUUCCUGUCCUUCGUUCAUACUGCUUUGCAGACAUUCGACAAUGAAAUAUUUUUAAUAUACAAUGAAGAUACUGAACUCUGUUUAGUUGCCCAGAGUUCUCAUGCAGUCACAACAGCUGCUUGCAAGAAAAACACUGAGUUACAAAAAUUCAGGUGGGUGUCUGAUGACCAGGUGAUGAGCAUGGCAUUUGCACUGUGUUUGGGUGUGCCCUUCAAGAAAAAUCAGGCUAAAAUUUCUCUAUAUCCAUGCAACAAGAAAAGUGAAUUCCAGAAAUGGGAGUGCAGAAAUGCGACCUUGGCAAUCCAAGGGGAAGAUUUAUUUCUCAGUGCUGGCAAAAGAAAAGAAGACAAUAUAGUGCUGAACACAGGAUCAGCGACAAUGAGUAAAUGGAAGAUCUAUGGAACCAUGGAUGGUUUGUGUUCUCAAGGCCGUGAAGAUCUGUUUACACUGUUAGGAAAUGCCAAUGGAGCUCCAUGUGCCUUCCUCUUCCAGCUGAGUGGUACAUGGUAUGCUGGGUGCACGGCUGCUGGCAGGUCAGACGGCUUGCUCUGGUGUGCAGCAACUCCUGACUUCGAUAAGGACCAUUUGUAUGGAUUCUGUCCAACUGGCAGUACAGACAAUGACAGAUUUUGGAGUACAGAUCCUUUGACAGGAACCUACUACCAGAUAAAUUACCAGUCAGCUCUCACGUGGCACCAAGCAAGGAAGAGCUGCCAGCAGCAGAAUGCAGAAUUAUUAAGUAUCACAGAGAUACAUGAACAAAAGUAUAUAGAAGAUUUGAUUGACAGCAAGAGAUCCUCUCUCUGGAUUGGGCUUAACAGUCUGAAUCUCAAAAGUGGCUGGCAUUGGAGCGGUGGCAUUCCCUUCAAAUACUUUAACUGAGCACCAGGUAACCCUGACCCUGAGCCUGAGAAACUCUGUGCAGUACUAAAUCCUAGAAGAGAUGCUAAAUGGGAAAACCAGCCAUGUAAGCUGAAAGUUGGGUAUAUCUGUAAAAAGGAAAACUCCACACUGGAUCCUUUCAUUCUUCUAAGGGAUACAGAGCCUGUUAAAUGCCCAGAAGAAUGGCUGCCCUAUGGAGAUCACUGUUUCAUGGUUCAUAGAGACCCCAGAGAGUGGAAAGAAGCCCUACUUUCCUGCAAUGAGAGCAAUGGCAAUCUGGCCAGUAUCCACAACCCUGAAGAGCAUGGCUUCAUACUGUCUCAGCUUGGCUACACUGUAGAUGAGCUGUGGAUUGGUCUGAAUGACCUCAACACUCAAAUGUACUUUGAGUGGAGUGAUGGAACUCCUGUGACAUACACCAAAUGGUUGCCUGGAGAACCAACCCAUGCAAUCAAUGGGCAAGAAGAUUGUGUCAUUAUGGCAGGAGAGGAUGGAUACUGGGCAGACAGUGCCUGUGAUGAUAGAAAGUUAGGCUACAUCUGCAGAAGAGACCCACUACAAGGAGUUUCUGGGACAGCAAAGACUGAUCCUGCCUACCUGAAGGGCUGGGAAAGACAUGGUUUUUACUGCUACCUGGUUGGACGUACUUCUGUAACAUUUUUAGAAGCAAAGAAAACCUGCGAAAGGAGCAGUGGUUAUUUAACAAGUAUAGGAGACAGAUAUGAGCAAGCCUACCUGACCAGCCUCAUUGGUCUGAGCUCUGAGAAGUACUUUUGGAUUGGUCUCUCAGACACAGAAGAGCAAGGGAUGUUCAAGUGGGUGACUGGUGAAGGUGUUCUGUACACAAACUGGAAUGCAGCAAUGCCUGGAAAUGAAGCUGGUUGUGUUGCCCUAAGGACUGGAAAUGCAGCUGGACUAUGGGAUGUUCAGAACUGUGAAGUAAAGGCAAAAUUUCUCUGCAAAAAAAUAGCUGAAAAAACCACUCUUCCUCUUGCUUCUCAAACCAUUUCUGAUUCCAAAUGUCCCUUGGGUUGGGAUACAAGCAAUAACAUUAAUUCAUGUUUCAGAGGUUUUGUGAGAGAAGAAAAGCAAAAGAAAACAUGGUUUGAAGCCCGAGAUUUUUGCAGAGAAAUAGGAGGAGACCUGGCUGCCAUUAGAAGGGAAGAAGAGCAAGGAGUGAUAGAAAAUUUAAUAACGAAAAAGCCACUACCAUCUCAGCCUUUCUGGAUAGGUUUGCAGUGUUUGGAUCCUGAUGUUGGGCUUUCCUGGAGUGAUGGAUCACCGGUGGAUUAUAAGAAGAAUGCUUUUAUUGACAACAUUGCAUUUGAAUAUUGUGGAGCAAUCGGGGAAGAGUCUUCCAUAUCGUGGAUUAUGGUGCCCUGUGAAAACAGUCAUAACUGGAUUUGAAAAUAGAGAAAGGUAGGGACACCCUUGAAACCAGAACCUCUGGACCCUCCUGCCAUAUAUGAAGUCACAGAAGAUGGCUGGAUUAUAAAAGGAGACAAAGGAUAUUUUUUCAGCGCAGAAAAGACCUCUAUGGAGAAAGCCAGAACAUUCUGCAAAAACAAUCAUGGAGAUCUUGCUACUAUUGCAAAUAAUAGUGAAAGAAAAUUUUUGUGGAAAAGUAUCUUAAAAAAUGGCAAAUUGGAAUCAUAUCUCAUAGGAUUAAUUCAGAAUGCUAAUCGACAGUUUAGUUGGAUGGAUAGAAGCCCAGUGCACUAUGCAGCUUGGGCACCGGGUGAGCCCAACUUUGCCAAAGCUCAAGAAAACUGUGUGGUUUUAAAUAAAAAGGAUGGCUUGUGGAAUGAUGUCAGUUGUGGUUUUUCAAAUGGCUAUAUCUGUCAGAGGCACAGAAGUUUUACAAAUGCAACACUUCCUUCAGUGGUACCUGCACCUCCUGGAGGAUGUCCUGAAGAUUGGCUUUUAUUUAAAAACCAGUGUUACAAAUUUUUUGGCUCUUUCUAUGAAUACUGGUAUAAUGCAAGAAGAAUUUGUCUGGACCAUGGAGGAAACCUGGCGAGCAUACACAGUGAACAAGUACAAGCUUUUCUCACGUACCAUUUGAAGAAUUUUUCAAGUGAUCCCUGGAUUGGUUUGAAUGAUAUUCUCAGUGAACUCAACUUUGUUUGGAGUGAUGGAAGUGCUGUCUCCUAUACAAAUUGGGGUCCAGACUCCCCAAAACUUGUAGAACCUGUUUUGUUUGAUACUUUACAUCCAGAAGAUGGCCACAAUCUGCAACAGUUUGAUUGUGUUUCUUUGAUGAGAGGUCAUGCUGAUGACACAGGAAAAUGGAACAAUGAGGAGUGUACUAAACUCAGAGGGUUUAUAUGCCAGAAGAAUAGUAAUCCUGAACUCUUUAAGUCAUCUGUAACAGAGCUGGACUUCGCUUUUGACCAUUCUGGAGGCAUCAGCUAUUCUGUCACCCAUUACAAAAUGAACUGGGAGGAAGCACAGAAAAACUGCAAUAGCAAUGCCUCAGGACUUGCCAGCAUUUUAGACCCAUUUAGCCAGGCACUGUUGUUCUUAUUUGCACAGGAAUAUGGAGAGCCUCUGUGGAUUGGUCUUAACAGCAACGCGACCAAUGGCAAGUAUCAAUGGAUUGACAGAUGGAGAUUAGCUUACAGCAAGUGGUCCAGUGGGGAACCAAAACAGACACUAGCAUGCGUCUACCUAGACACUGAUGGCACCUGGAAGACAGCUUCUUGCAAGAAAAAACUCUUUUCUGUCUGUAAAAAAUCAGAUGUAAUGGCCCCUACUGAGUCCCCACAACUUCCUGGAAAAUGCCCUGAAUCAAAAGGACACGAAUCUUGGAUACCUUUCCAUGGCCACUGCUAUUACUUUGAGGCCUCCAGGAAAAGAAGUUGGUCUCAAGCUCAUCAGGAAUGUGCCCGACUAGCUGCUAAUUUGGUAUCAGUAGGAGACUAUACUGAGGUAAACUUUCUGGCAGACACCAUUAUGAUACUUCAUGGAAAAUCACCAAACUUUUGGAUAGGACUAAAGAAAACUGACAGAGAACAGUGGGUAUGGACAGACAAAUCUGCAAUGGAUUUUGUCAACUGGCAAAUGGGAGAACCUUCAAACAAAAGGCAGGAAGACUGUGGAGAAAUGUAUGCAUUGUCUGGCUUCUGGAACACCAACAUCUGUUCUUUCAAAAAAGGAUAUAUCUGUAAAAAACCAAAAACUCCUGAAAACACAGAGAUGUCAAGAGAAGAUAUAGAAGGGAAAAUGGAGACAGUACUUCCCACUGGCAUCAUCUGGCUGUUCAUUCUUAUAGCCCUUUCAAUAGCUGGAGCUGGAAUUAUAAUUUGUUUCUACUUGAGGAGGAAAAGACAAAACCUGCUACAAAGUUCAACCACAAUGAGUGGACUAGAAGCAACUGUGGAUAUCCAAGAAAAAGAUGCACAUACCACCAUGUAGAAUGACAAAAUGCCUGUAUGUUCCAACUAACAAAAAUCUUACGUCAGUUUUGCAUUUUCCUACCCAGAUAUAGUCUCCUCCCUUCACAAAUACAGUUAGUGGAUUUUUGUAAAUACAUACAUAUACUCCCUCCAAAAUCCCCUCCAAAGGAAUUCCUUUUGUUUAGUUUGGGGAGUACACAUAUUUUUCACAUAAAUGAGCAUGGCUGAAAAGCUGGCUCCAGAGGCGUUACAGAGAAACUCUGACAGAAAUUUACUGUGUGAAAUUAUUUUAUUUAACUUAAUGUAGAAAUUCUCCUUUUUGUACACAAUGGAAAUCAUUAUACUCAGUUCUUUAAAUCACUUUUUUCCUACUGUAUUACUUCGGUGUUAUCUAGGCUAUGAUCGGAAACACUGUUCAUGUCAGAUUUUCAGCUUCACAGUUUACAAUACUGUAUUUUCAUUCAUUUAAAACCUGUUACAAUGCCUCCAUCUCUGAGUGACAAAAAGAUGAUACCAUGCUAAAGAUCUCUUAUAAAGAGAAGAGAGUAUCUGGAAUAAGUGGAAUACGUUUCUGCACCAGGAUAUCUGCGCCUAUGCUGGAGCAGCCUGAGAACACAUUUGUAUUACCACUAUUACUUACUUUUCUAGAUAUCCAGUAAACAAUAAAGCCUCCCAAGCAGAAAUGCUAUUGAUAGCUACUUAGAAUGGAAGUAACCUCUUCCUGUAGGAAUACUGACUUCAGUUGUUUUAUCAAGGGCUAUCUUAAAAUAUGGGGCACCCCCGCCAACAUGUUUCCUCCUGAGCUUUCAAUUUUUACCCCUGCACUCCUUUACUGGAUGGACACACCUUUGGCUAAGUUUGUAAAGAAAUUUCACCAAUCAGAGAUACAGAAAGAUGUCUAAAGAUUGUACAGCUCUUCCCUUUCUGGUAUGUCUGUAUUACAUUACGUAACCAAGAGACCUGGUAAACCAAAUUAACAAAAAAAAAAAACCCUAUAGGUUAUUUAAAAUAGAGCUAAAAUUAAGUAAACCGAAAGUAAACUUUACAAUUAACAUCCUUUGAACACUUUUUAAACCUCAGAGAUAAAAGCCCUGAGAUAAAAAGAAAUUCCUUAAAUUACUAUAAUAAGCCCUGUAAUACUAACUCCAGUGAUAAAGAAACGCUUACUGCUAUUUUCAGGAAGAAACAGGAAAUAGCUGAGAGAACUUUGCAGAAAACUCUGCAAAUGAGAAAAACACCACCUGCUUCCCAUGGAGAUGACUAGAGAUAAAACUGUUUCCUGGUAUCUGCUACAGAUAUCUGGAAAUAUAUAGUUAUACUUGCCUUUUGGACAAGUAAAUAUUGAAAGUGCUUUUCCUAUUCCAUGCUUACAAAGAGUAUAGGUUGCUGGAUCCUACCAUAUAUAUGCCUUGCUUAGUGAAUCUGAUAAAUUAAAUUUACCUUUCCCAAAAGAAAAAAGAAAAAAUACAACAGAAGAGACUAAAUUUUGUUUAUCUGUAAGUUAACUGUAAAAAUUGGGAGCUCAUAACACAGGUAUUCUUGUGACUAGCUUAAAGCCUAUAGCCUCCAGAGGAGCCUACGCAGGAAAAGCCGGGCUGGUAUUAACACCAUUCGGGAAGCACAGAGAACUCAAUAGUCAGGCUACUCUGCAUGCUAGCUAUCUGUGUUAUCAUAUGAAAAUCUUUGGGUAUACAUACUUUUUAAUGUAAAGUUAUUUUGUAACUAGACUGAACAUCAUGUCUGAACAAGAAAUGGACAGGAUCACAUGCUAUGCCUAAGGUAUGCUGCUGAUCCUCCUGCAAGAUACUGGGACACCAUAAAGGUCAAUCCAAAGUGCCUCUUACAGAAUGACAGAGUGCGUUAUGGUGAGAACAGCAGUGAAAAUAGGCCAGGACAGAGUGAGCCAGGGCAAUGGUACUUGUAGCUGGGGAAAGGGCUGAGAGGAGGGCCAUAGCCCUGACCAGACCUGCUCACAUCAGGCAGGCACUGCAGUUGUUACCCACUGCUUGCAGCGCAGAACAGUAUUACCAUAGCAAGCAAGGGUCAUUCAAUCUACUGAGUCUCAAACAACUGAACCACCACAGGGGCAGAGACCAAUGUGUCUGAACCCUCUGAUGCCGCUGUAUUUGUCUUUUGGAGUUGAUACUGGAUAUGACUAAGACAUUGGCCACACACCUCAUGCAUUGUUCAGACACAGAAGAGGGCUGGAUUGCACUUGGUUAAUCUGCACUGGGCAGAGGAGACUCCUACUCCUUUCAAUGCUCAAUGCUUAAUUCCAAACCCCAGUGUUUCUGCACAAGUCAGUUGUUUGCAUGUUUCCCUCUUCUCUUCAAAAAGACCCGUGUACUUAAAUGCACUGUCAGUUCAGUGCUUGGGAUAAGAAAAACACUGCUUGAAUGACUCUGUUUAAAUUAUCUUCAGAGUGGAGAAAGCACCCCAGCACUGUUUUCAAAUAGAAGUGUUUAUACUGAUGUGUGUGAGUGUACUCAUGUAGGAUUUUUCCUGCCUGAUUUUCCUCAUCAGUUUCUGAAGACACACCACCUCCUCUGUAACUAUACUGUGGUAAUUUUGUGACAGAAAAAUGUAAUUCAAUAAUGGAAAUACAGAAUCCUUACUCUUCCUGCAGCCAAAGGAAAAAAUUUAUUUUUCAACUGUGGCCAAAGAAGAGUUGGUAUGAUACUGUGUUUGAAAUACCAGAGUUAAAACAGGGGGAUGUAUGGAAUUCCAACUAAUUUGGUGUCUCACAAUUACAAAGUCAACUCUCCAAGAAUUAAUCUUUUCAUUUUCUGUGCUAGUUUUCUUUUGUAUCUGUUAGAACACUUUGUACCUGAUACUACUGCUGCACAAUGGACUGAACUGUUGACAGAAUGGAAAAUUUUAGUAUAGACAACACUGGCACUGCUGCUCGUGGUUGGUUUUACCUGGUUGCAUUCAAGUUGGAACAGAAAGACCCACAGUAGCAUUGCUGUGAAUCAUGAGCCCUUAGAGACAGUAAAUACAGUACCCAGAAUGAUAAAACUUAGUCCUCUCUCUAAACCCUUCUGUUACCUGUCAAACAAUGGAUCCUAAAAGGCAUCAUGAAACAAUUACUCUUCUUGCUAUUGUCCAUUAAUUAAUUCAUAUUCUGCUGCCUGUUUAUUAUGGUCUUUAGAAGGUAUCAGUGGGCCUACUUUUCUCUUUGCUGACCUUUAUAAACUGCUGUAUGUAACGGGCUGGACCAGAUCUGGGCCAUGGGGUUUACACAUUCCCUUUAUGAAUUAUAUAAAAUUUGUAACAUGCAAAUUCAUUCAUUACAAUUAUAAAAAUAAUUUUUAGUCUUUU